AUGCCGGGGCUGAUUAACCAGAUGACCUGCUCCCCCCUCCCCCUCUCCGCGUCGGAGGUGACAUCGUGCGUCAGCGGCUAUGCCUUCGGGAUGACAGCCUUGCUCACCUACCGCAACCCAGAAGCCCAGGCUUUUGAAGGUCUCUUUGUCUACCCGUUGGAUGAGUGCACCACUGUCGUCGGGUUUGAGGCGACCGUGUCCCGGCGUGCCGUGACGGUGCAGAUCAAAGACAAAGCCAAAAUCGAUGACACGUAUUUCGACGGCUGCAGCCUCCCCGACCGUGUCUCCCUGGUGUGGUCCUAUCUCUGUGCAGGAAGGAUCGUGAUGGAUGAGGACUUGGAGAGGAUUGUUUUUGUGGCUAACCUGGGCAUGAUUCCUCCUCUGGAAAGCGUCUCCAUCUUCAUCAGCACCUCCUCUGAGCUGCAGACGCUGCCCAGCGGGGCCGUGAGGGUCCUUCUGCCUGCUGUGUGUGUCCCCAGGGUCCCCCAGCCCAGCCUGGAGAAUGCCAGCAGCCUUUCCAGCCACCAGCUCCGAACGGACAAGCACUCCUCUGGAUCGGGGAGCCCGGAGCAAGGGAGCAGGUUGUGCCUGGCUCAGCUGCUGGAGAGUGAGGCCACCAACCCCUUUGAGUACGAGUUCGGCUUCCAGCUUGAGAUCCGGGGACCGUGCUUGCUGGCAGGCGUUGAGAGCCCCACGCACGAGAUCCGAGCAGACGCCGACCCCUCCGCUCGCUCCGCCAAGAGCAUUGUGAUCACGCUGGCCAAUAAACACACCUUUGACAGACCCGUGGAGAUCUUGAUCCAUCCAAGCGAGCCCCACAUGCCCCAUGUCUUAAUGGAAGAAGGUGAUAUGACGCCUGCAGAGUAUGAACGACACCUGAAGGGGAAGAACGAUUUCAUUAAAGGCACUAAGAAGGACCCCAGUGCUGAGAAAAAGACGGAUAUCAUCAGGAAGCGGCUGAACAAGGACAUCCCCCACCACCCCGUCAUCAUGCUCAACUUCUGCCCUGACUUGAGGACCCUCCAGCCAGACCUCCAGAAAGCCCAAGGAGAGUUUAUCUUCCUCGUAGACCGCAGCAGAAGCAUGAGCGGCGUGAACAUCAACCGUGUCAAGGAUGCCCUGUUGGUCAUUCUCAAGAGCCUGAUGCCAGCGUGUCUCUUCAACGUCAUUGGGUUUGGAUCCACCUUCAAGACCCUCUUUCCUGCCAGUCAGACUUACUGCGAGGAGAGCCUGGCCAUGGCCUGCGAGAGCAUCAAGAGGAUCCGGGCCGAUAUGGGUGGCACCAACAUCUUGUCGCCUUUGAAGUGGGUCAUUCGGCAGCCCAUCCACAGGGGCCAUCCCCGACUGCUCUUUCUGCUGACGGACGGGGCCAUCAGCAACACGGGGAAGGUCCUGGAGCUGUUGCGAAACCACUCCUGUUCCACCAGGUGCUACAGCUUCGGCAUCGGGCCGAACGCCUGCAGGAGACUGGUUCGGGGGCUGGCUGCCGUGUCCAGGGGCAUCGCCGAGUUCCUGGCGGAGGGCGAGAGGCUGCAGCCCAAGAUGAUCAAGUCGCUGAAGAAGGCGAUGGCACCGGUCCUGAGUGACGUGUCCGUGGAGUGGGUCUUUCCCGAGAGCACCGAGGUCUUGGUUUCCCCCGUCAGCACCAGUUGCCUCUUCCCUGGUGACCGCCUGGUCGGCUACGGCAUCGUCUGCGACACCUCCCCGUACAUCUCCAACCCCAGAUCUGACAAGAGGCGACGUUACAGCAUGAUGCAUUCCCAGGAGUCGGGCAGCUCCGUUUUCUUUCACUCCCAGGAGGAGGGAGCAGGCGUGGAGAGCUGGAACCACUCCAGAGACUCGGAGGGCUGCUGCCCCGCCGAGCGUGCCCCCGACCACCUGGUGGCGGGCAGAGAUCCCGGGGGAGAAUCGGACACGGACACCGGGACGGACGUGAAGGCUUCCUCCAGGAGACGGGCGUACAGCACCACCCAAAUUGCCGACCACCAGCCUUGCAAGAAGGUGCCCACGGCCAGUGAUCCUGGCACCGCCCUGGUGAAAACCCCCCUUCGGAAAACCCACCUGCAGGACCUGCAGCAGGUCAGCCCCGAGCCCUGGCAGAUGGAUUUCCAGGAUGCUCAGCGUGAAGGCAGGGAUGGAAACGACUCCCUUCUGGAGGGCAGUAAACGGGUCCGCGGCACGGGCCCCCGGCGGCCCUCCCUGCUCCACUGGAGCCGCGUGUCCUUCUGCCACGACGCCGACUGCCCGCCAGUGCCGGACGGGCUGCAGCAGGUGGCUCCGGGAAGGGGCUUGGGACCGCUCGAUGCCAGCGCGAGCCUCAGGUCUUCGUCGGACAGCCGGAGCCCCGGGGAUCUGGAGUCUGCCCAGCACCCUUCCUUCACGUUUGAAACGGAGACCUCCUCCGACUGGGAGCCCCAGGACUUCGACUUCAGCGCUGCCCGCUGCUCCCCGCACUCCCCCAGGACCCUCUGCAAGGCGGUGGUGAAGGGGCUAAGGAGCAACGAGCCCGUGCAGUGGGAAGUCGCCUUUGAUAUCCGCCCUCUCUUCCGAGAGCGGGAGAGCCGGGCGGACGGCGACGCAGACCUGUGGAGCGAGACCUUCCACCACCUGGCAGCCAAGUCGGUCAUCCGGGACUUUGAGCAGCUUGCCGAGAAGGAGUGUGAAAUCGAGCACGGGUCCGGGCGGCGGUACCAGGUCAACGCUGUCCACACCAGCAAGGCCUGCAACGUCAUCAGCAAGUACACGGCGUUCAUGCCGGUGGACCUGAGCACCAACGCCUACCUGCCCGCUGUCGUCGAGUACACCCGCACGGAUGCAGAGGAGAGCAGCCUGUCGCCCUGCAGCACCCCUUCCUCCUCUGGCUGGGAGCGCUGCGGUCUCCCCGAAGGGCCGUUACAGAGCCUGUCUGCUUCCUCUGCACAAGCCCAAAAAUCCAUCGAGAGCCUCUUUGCUGCUAGGCUGACCCUCAAUAAAACCAGGCUGCUGACUCGAGCCGCCAAAGGGUUCAUGAGUAAAUCUCCAAGCAGAGUGAGCGAAGCCAGCUCCGAGGGCGACAAUGAGAACAUAGACUACCUUCCGCUGGCAUCUCUGCAGCUGGCCUGCGGUGCCUUUCUCAUGAACUCGGCCUUCUGCGACGCUGUCAACAUCCCCAUGGAGAAGCUGAAGCGGACAUCUCCCUUUGCCUGCCACCGCCUUGCCCUCAGCCCCUCCAGCUCCCACAACACCAAGAAGACCAGCCCCUCCGGGGAGCACAAAAGCCUCUGCUCCGGCCAGCAGCUCCUGGUUCCCAAUGGCCACAGGAAGAGUCCCACCACCAGAGACGUCGCUCUGGGUGCGGUGCCAGAGGGACCCGGCAGCCACGUGGAAGACGCUGUCCGCCUUCGCCACUUCUCCGGCAGCGCAGUGGAAAGCAUCUCCAAAGCCCUGAAAGCUGAGAAGGAACUCUCUCCGCCGGCCAUCACCAUCCGCCGCUUCUCCUCCCCGGAGAGCACGCCAGCCUCGGCCGAGUGGCAAGCCGACAGCGGCCAGGGCUCGGAGACGGACGAUUCCGAGGUCCAGGCAUUGCUCUUUGACAUCGAGCUGCAGCAGCAGACGGAGCCAGAGGGGAUGCUGUGGGCCACGGCGGUGGCCCUGGCCUGGCUGGAGCACAGCUCGGCUUCCUACUUCAUCGAGUGGGAGCUGGUGGCUGCCAAGGCCAGCCUCUGGCUGAGCAAACAGGACUUCCCGGAGGGAUACAGCCUGGCCACGGUGAAAGCCGCAGCCCAGCAGCUCUUUGUCUUGCUCCGGCACUGGGAUGAAAACCUGGAGUUCAACCUGCUGUGCUACAACCCAAGCAGCGUGUAA